AUGUCUUUCAUGGUUCAUAAACGGAAGAGCAGCAAAAAACAUUAUCAUGGGGAUCCUCUUCUUAUGCCCAAAGUCCCUCGUAUCAAUCUCUUGCUCCUUCACGAAGAGAAACACAGGCUACAGCUCAAGAAAUUCCUCCUUCACAGGAUGUUUCUAGUGGGCUACAUACAACCCAACGCAGAGAAAAGGGUAAUUUCUGAGUACUACGAGCAACUCUUUCAGUCCAUUCUGAAGCAUCACUUAGGAGAAGGGGUGACAGGAUUGUUCCUCAUAUAUCCAAGUUCUUUUCUACAUAUCCUGGAGACCUCCAACGGCACUCUUUUCCGGAUUCUUUUAGAUUACGUUGCCCAUGAAAAGGAAACAGAUUUUAUGAUCGAAAACAUGAAAAUUGUCGUCGUUUCUCACAAUAUCCCCACGAGGCUGUUCAUGCAGUGGUAUGUCUGUGUCAUCAAUGUCCCCGUUUUGUAUCUCGAUGACGUGACGCAGACUCAAUCUGUGUUGGAAGUCACCACAGAUUUUCUCAGCAUGUCUCACAAACUGGCACUCCACCUGUUUAAGACCGUGAAAGUGGGCACUAAAGGGCCGGGUGACAACUUACACCAAGUAGCCCCCGACCUCCUCCUCCCAGAACACACUAUCAAGUACUUAUGCAAAGCUGAAGAAUUUCUGGACCCAGAAACAUUCUUAAAGAUGUAUAACAGACCCAUUCAUGUUAUCUCAGAUUCUGAGUUGGUGUGGCCAGCUCCUUCCCGUUUCUAG